UCGUACUCGAAACAUCUGCGUCUAGUGUCGUGGCUUUUAGGCCGUACGUGACAUUGUUCUCCAUGAUAUUUUUCUUCUGUACUGAUUGUCCCUGAAGAAACCAAUUCGACAAAAAAAAGUGUCUUACAGUAGAACUCUUGUUGUAAAUGAGUGUGAGUAGUUCAUGCUAAUUACGCCGAAUUCUAUAAUUGAGAUAGAUAGGAGUGUAAUGCUAAAAUUAAAACUACGCUGCGGAAAAAUCACUCUGAAUGUGAUAAAGUUUUAGUACUUCAAUAUCAUUUUGAUUGAACUGUAGGUGAUAGAUGAAAUGACGUGACUUAGUGAAAGGCAAGCCUGAGGUGUACAGUAUAAAUAAUAACGACCCUCUCCUAAAUGUAUCGAACACGGAACGUAAUUGACCGUAGUAAUAUCUGCAUGGUUGUAUUCAAGGGCAGUUCCGUAGGAUUGUUAAUUUGAGACGUUUUCUGUUGUCAAAACUCGGCGGUGAAGACCAAUUAUUCAGGCCCUGAACGAAAGUUUAAUAGUUCCUUCAGUCAACAGUUGCUGGUACUGCAUUUGAAGUCACUGUCGUAGUCGUCGUCGGUUAAUAUGUACAUAUAAUUACACGUUUCAAUCGCCCCGGAUACCGCACAUGAGCUCUGUACUUAAACAAAAAAAAAAGUCGGCAAAGUAUAGUGCAGCCUAGUAGUGUGCGGCAGAAUAUAACUUUACGUAACUAGCCGUAUGAAGCUGCACUGCGACCUAUUUUUUGAAUGCUGGUCUUUGGGUGCUCAUGAAGAUAUUUUUGUGUUGUAGUUAGUUCAUGUUGUGAAAAACCGCUUCAUACAAAGGCGGAUAAAGGUAGCAUACAGUUGCGGGUAGUAGGAUUCGAUUCACCGACAGCGUAGCUAAGUACUGAAUUGACGUUCGGAAGGCAGAGUGAUACGCAAAAACAAACCGAAAGAUGUCUAUCGAGGACCGAUUCAACGCCGCUGUGAACGUUAUUCGAAGUCUACCGAAAAAUGGACCUUAUCAACCAAGCAAUGAUAUGCUGCUUACUUUCUACUCGCUUUUCAAACAAGCGACCAAAGGAAAGUGUUCGGAGCGACGUCCCGCGUUUUGGGAUGUCGUCAAUCGAGCCAAAUGGGAUGCCUGGAAUCGACUGGGAGAAAUGCCGAAAGAGGUGGCUAUGCAGAAGUACGUCGAUGAGUUGAAAAAGAUCGUCGAAACGAUGUCGUACACCGACAAUGUGGCCAACUUCUUGGAGCACGGUUUGGGCGAUGAAAGUGUCAGCAUCAAAGACUUAGAUAUUGUCGCCCCGGAUACCAUGCAGAAGGUUCGUUCCCGGCCCAAUUCACCACUGGCAUCACGUGAUACCAGCCCAGUGCGGGGCACUGCUCAACCGACGCCGCUCGUCAAUGGCUAUCACAACGGUGCCGCGGUUAAACCGGUGCUCACUAAUGGCUACCUUCAUUACUACCAGAACGGAAAUACGCAGUCGGAUAUGAGCGAUGACGAGUACAUUGACACGGUGGAUGAUUCCGAAACCGAGUAUCCGUUCCGUCCGGUUGGAGUCGUAUCGAGUCACGUGUCACGCAAUCGGAUGACACAAUCAGCUGCUGCUGCGGCUGCUGUUGGCACCGUUGAGUUAACUGCCAAUCGAGAGUUGUACCCAGAAGUAACCUCCCAACUGAACCGGACCAUCGAACGACUUAACGCCAGUGUUCAACAGGUCAACAACCGGAUCAAUGUGGUGGAACAAACGAUCGCCAGUAUGCGUAGCGUCCAGCAGCGGUCUAGAAACUACCCUCCCUGGUGGCCGUUUGAGGAGAUCUCGCCAAGGCUGCUUGCGAUGAUCAUUCUGUGGCCAUUGGUCGCUAACCGGAUGAUGGUCUGGUUGCAGCGAAGGAAAUAAACUCACUAACUAGCUGUGGGCUAGUUCAGUGCGACGGGGCAGACGGGCGUGGAUUACUAACUUGAGUGCGGUGUAAAUACUAGUGAUUUUAGGUUUAGAUUAUUUUUUCAGUUGAAUAGGAAGAUUUACAUAGCAAAGCCCAAUUGAAGGGGGCAUAUUUGAAACAGCUCUAAAGGUUUAGGCUAAUUACAUUCCGGCUGGGUGCAGGUUGCCUUUAUAAAUAAUAAUCCAAGGUAGCUCAGGUAUUUUAAGUUAACGUAGAAGAGUGGUUGCAGUGGUAAUUCUACCGUUUGGCAAUGGUAUGCCUAGUGUUAAUGAUGAUCAUUCAUUUGAGUAAAUCGACGAAACAGAACGCAACACGCUCCACUGUCAAGAACAAAAGUGCAAUUUAUAUUACCAUGUAUAGUAUGUAUGUUUUGCUGCAUUUUUUCGGACAAUUUUCUUAUCUUCAGCGAACAAAUCCUUCUAGCUUUUAAUUUUCAUUUAUUUACAAACCCCGGAAGACAAGUUACCAAAAUGAAAUCGUUUCUUUUUUUUACUUUUCAUUUGCUGACAUGUUUUAUAAGUAUUAUUUGUUUUUUUCAUCCGUACUCUCGAAGUGUUUAUAAAACAAAAUCCAACUCAAGCGUAGGAAGUUCAACGAAAUACACAACUAGAGCUAACAAAGAUGUCG